AUGGCCCAGGGCACAGCAAUCCGUGCGGCCCCCGAGCAGCCCACCCGAGCUGUGUGUGUGCUGGGCACCGCCACUCGGCUCGACGUCUGCGGCUCUGCCCCCAAGGGCUGCACAUCCUUCAGCAUCACUGCGCCCCCAGGGGUGGCUGUGGAUAUCACCCACGGCUCUCCAGCCAAGAAGAAUCCCUCGGGCUCCUCCAAAUGGCCCCUGGACCCUAAGCUGGAGGUGACCCUCAGGAUGAAAGCUGCCAGCAGUAGCAUGGAUGACCAGAAGGUUCAAAUUUCAUACUACGGACCUAAGGCCCCUACGGUGCAAGCCCUGCUCUACCUCACGGGUGUGGAGAUCUCUCUGCUGGCGGACGUCACCCGCUCAGGCAAAGCGAAGCCGGCCAGGUCCAUGAAAGACCAGAGCACCUGGACCUGGGGCCCCUCCGGACAAGGCGCCAUCCUGCUGGUGAACUGUGACAGGAACAAUCCCCAGUCCUCCGGCACGGACUGUGAGGACGAGGAGGUGUUUGACAGCAAAGACGCGCAGGACCUGUCGCUGCUGACCCUAAGCACGAAGACCCCCAAGGACUUCUUCACCAGGCACCGGCUGCUGCUGCACGUGGCCAAGUCUGAGAUGGCCAGAGUGAGGGUCUUCCAGGCUGCCCGGGGCAAACUGCCGUCUACGUAUAAGGUGGUCCUGGGACCCCAGCAGCCUUGCAGCCACCUGGAGCUCCUGGGAGGCCAGCACCGCACAGACUUCUACGUGGAGGGCCUGGCUUUCCCGGACGCUCACUUCCCGGGGGUCAUUUCCCUCAGCGUCUCCCUGCUGGACACCUCCAAUCCGGAACUCCCCGACGCCCUGGUCUUCCAGGACAGCGUCGCCUUCCGUGUGGCCCCCUGGAUCAUGACCCCCAAUACCCAGCCUCCCCAGGAGGUGUACAUGUGCAGCAUUUUUGACAACGAAGACUUCGUGAAGGCAGUGGCCGCUCUGGCCAAGAAAGCCAAGUGCAAGGUGACCGUCUGCCCGGAGGAGGAGAACCAGGACGACCAGUGGAUGCAAGAUGAAAUGGAGAUCGGCUACAUCCAGGCACCGCACAAAACCAUGCCCGUGGUCUUCGACUCCCCGCGGGACCGAGGCCUGAAGGACUUCCCCGUCAGACGCGUCCUGGGCCCAAAUUUUGGCUACGUGACCACAGGGCCCCUAACGGGGCAAGUCACCGGGCUGGAUGCAUUCGGGAAUCUGGAAGUGAGCCCACCAGUGACUGUCGGAAAAAAGGGGUACCCGCUGGGCAGGAUCCUCAUGGGGAGCAGCUGCUACCCCAGCAAGGAGAGCCGGGAGGUGCACCAGGCCCUGUGGGACUUCCUGGCGGCCCAGCGGGUGCAGGCGCCCGUGCAGCUCUACUCCGACUGGCUGUACGUGGGCCACGUGGACGAGUUCCUGAGCUUCGUGCCUGCGCCCAACAGGAAGGGCUUCCGGCUGCUGCUGGCCAGCCCCAGGGCCUGCUACCGCCUGUUGGAGGAGCAGCUGCGGCAGGGCCGCGGGGAGCAGCUGCUGCUGGGAGGGGCGCAGAAGAAAAAGCAGCAGAGAAUAAAGGACAUUUUGUCGAACAAGAAACUGAGAGAGCAGAACUCCUAUGCGGAGGUGAACAUGCUGGUGCUGGGCAAGCACCUGGGCAUCCCCAAGCCCUUCGGGCCGGUCAUCAACGGCCGCUGCUGCCUGGAGGAGAGGGUGCGCUCGCUGCUGGAGCCGCUGGGCCUCCACUGCACCUUCAUCGACGACUUCACCCCCUACCACCUGCUGCACGGGGAGGUGCACUGCGGCACCAACGUGCGCCGGAAGCCCUUCGACUUCAAGUGGUGGAACAUGGUGCCCUGAGCCCUCUGCCGUCGGCCUCUCUGGGUACCGAGCCUCCCAGCACAGGCUCACUGCCUCCUCUCGGGCCCCGCUGGGCCCUCCUGGGCUCCCCAAGUUGGUCCCAGCAUUGCAAACUGAGCCCUGCACUGAGAAGCUGCGAUAAAGAUGUUUUUAAUCACUGUACGCGAGGUCACAUUCCCGUCACCCAUUCGUCCGCUCGUAUGUUCCGUUUCCAGCCCCAAAAGUUCCCCCAGGACGGGUCAGAGCCAGCGUUACUGGGCCAGCCUUUCGCUCCCCCACCCCCGAGCCUUUAUUCGGCCUGUAAACCUCGAGUGACUGAUGUAGUUGGUUCUGAACUUCCUACGGAACCAAACCAGAAGAGAGAAAAGGGAAGGCUGAGCCUCGAGUCCCAGGGCCUCGCCGCUGGGCGAGCACCCUGCAUCUGUAAUGUGUGCUUUUCAGUGUGUGUUUCAUAGCGCAAGAUGAGAUUGUCUUUAAAAAUAGACCAGAUCGCAGAGAUCGAUGAGCAGGAGAAUCAAGGCCGCUAGCAGGGAACAAAGUCAGGGGGCCUCAGGCUUCUCAGGAGACCCCACCAUGGUGCUGACAAAAUAAACCAGAAGCACGUCUGCUGCCAAGCAUUUUGGAUGAAGGUUACUCAGCCAGUAACCUGUCUCUGCGGUCUUUUUUGGGUGUUGCAUUUAGGGGCUCUGGCAGCUCCAUAAAGCUGAGACCAUCCCUCGGCUCCCGGGAGCCCCAGAGACUCUGUGGUGUCUUUGCCAGCUACAGAGAGCACAGGGGGCUGGCGAGGUUGGGCCAGAGAAGCUUCUGCUCACGCUGCAGAACGAGCUCCUUCGGGCAGGGCGCCCAUGACACUCCCUGGCACAGGCCUGGAGGGCUUUAUGCUGAGAUGAGCCAGCAGAGGCCCAGGUCUGAUUCCACUUACAGGAUCGUGUGCUGCAGCAGUCACAGAAACAGAAAGCAGAAUGCGGGUUCCCAGGCCCUAGGGCGGGAGGAGAGGGGAGUCAUGGGACGGCUUCAGAGUUUCAGGUGUGCAAGACAGAAAGGGCUGCAGCGAUGGGAAUGGACCAGACACUAGUAAACUAUGUACUCACUGUAAUAAAAGGCGAACCUAAUAAACUUGUUAGGUGUUGGGGCUUUUUUAACUAAAAUAAAAAAAUGAAACCUUU